GAGAGACGGGUGUGUACCUGUGUGUGAAAGACGAGUGAGUAUGUGAGGCUGCGUGAGAGGCCGGGGUGUGUGUGAGAGAUAGACAGAAAUGGAUUGCGACAGUCCAGAGAGUGAGACCAGGGUGUGUGGGUGUGAGUGUGUGAGAGAGGGAGACAGCCAGAGUAUAUGAAAGAAAUUUGUGUGUGAUAUUGUGAAGUACGUAUUGGGUCUUCGUCUUCGUUUCCUGGCAUACAACUUCUGAAAUCCUUGCACUCUCCAAUCUUGCCCUUCCAGGACACUGCUGUUCUCGAAGAGACAGACCAGGAAGAGAAGUAAAAAAUGACUGUUGAACUAGCGAAAGCCAUGCUCCAGGAUUUGGUGACAUUCAAGGAUGUGGCAAUAGACUUUUCCCAGGAGGAAUGGGAAUGGCUGAACCCUUCUCAGAGGCAUUUAUACAGGAAUAUGAUGUUGGAGAACUAUCGGAGCCUGGUAUCACUGGGACUUUGCGCUUCUAAGCCAUAUGUGAUCUCCUUAUUGGAGCAAGGGAAAGAGCCUUGGGAUAUGAAGAAUGAAAUGACGAGAGGUCCAUUCCCAGAUUGGGAAUCUAUAUAUGAGACACAAGAAUUAUUUCUGAAGCAGUUCAUGUAUGAUGAUGCAUUAAUGGAGAGAAUUACAUGCUAUGGACUUGAGUGUUCCACUUUCAGAGAAAAUUGGAAAUAUGAAGAAUUUUAUGAGAGGCACAUGGUCAGUCAAGAGACAUUUACCAGGCAAGGAACAAUCACUCAUAAAGCAACCCUCACUAAGGAAAUAGACUACAGAUGUACUAAAUCUGAGAAAUUAGUUCAUUCGGACAAUGUAGAAGAGAGUGUUUAUAAUCACAAGUCAGAUAAAGAAAACUCCAAAAAUUUCAUGGUGGUAAAACACAAGAAAGUCUGUGUAGGAAAGAAACUUUUUAAAUGUAAUGAAUGUGAGAAAACCUUCACCCAUAGUUCAUCUCGUACUGUUCAUCAGAGAAUUCAUACUGGUGAAAAACCUUAUGAAUGUAAGGAAUGUGGAAAAGCCUUCAAGCAGAGGCAACACCUUGCUCAACAUCACAAAAUACAUACCGGAGAGAAACUCUUUGAAUGUAAAGAAUGUAAGAAAUCCUUCAAGCAAAAUGUACACCUUAUUCAACAUCAAAGAAUUCAUACUGGAGAAAAACCAUAUAAAUGUAUGGAAUGUAGGAAAGCCUUCAGCCAGCCUGCACACCUUGCUCAGCAUCAGAGAAUUCAUACUGGAGAGAAACCCUAUGAAUGUAAGGAAUGUGGCAAAACCUUCAGUGAUAGCUCAUCCUGUGCUCGACAUCAGAGAUGUCACACUGACAAAAGACCCUAUGAAUGUAUUGAGUGUGGAAAAACCUUCAGGCAUAACCCAUCCCUUAUUCGUCACUGGAGGUAUUAUCAUACCAGAGAGAAACCUUUUGGUUGUAUCGAUUGUGGGAAAGCCUUCACUGAUCACAUAGGGCUUAUUCAGCAUAGGAGAAUUCAUACUGGAGAAAAACCCUACAAAUGUAAUGUGUGCGGGAAGGCUUUUAGCCAGGGCUCAUCCCUGACUGUACAUCAGAGAAUUCACACUGGUGAGAAACCUUAUGAAUGUGAUGUUUGUGGAAAAGCAUUUAGCCAUCAUGCGUCACUCACUCAACAUCAAAGAGUACAUUCUGGAGAGAAACCUUACAAAUGUAAGAAAUGUGGGAAAGCCUUUAGGCAGAGUAUACACCUUGCUAGUCAUUUGAGAAUUCAUACUGGUGAAAAACCCUAUGAAUGUAAGGAAUGUGGAAAAGCUUUUAGCAUCAGUUCACAGCUGGCUACUCAUCAGAGAAUUCAUACUGGAGAAAAGCCUUAUGAAUGUGAAGAAUGUGGUAAAGCUUUCAAACAGAGGGCACACCUUGCCCAACAUCAGAAAAUUCAUACAGGAGAGAAACCUUAUGAGUGCAAGGAUUGUGGUAAAGCCUUCAGCCAGGCCUCCCAUCUUAUUCAACAUCACAGAAUUCAUACUGGAGAGAAACCCUAUAAAUGUAUGGAAUGUGGAAAGGCUUUUAGUGAUAGCUCAUCCUGUGCUCAGCAUCAGAGACUUCACAGUGGCCGGAGGCCCUAUGAAUGCUUUGAAUGUGGGAAGGCAUUCACAAGAAAGUCAUCCUUUAUUUAUCAUCAAAGAUGUCAUACUGGAGUGAAACCUUAAGAAUGUAGUAUAUGGCAAAGCCUUUAGCUAUUGUCAGUCCCUUACUGUUCAUCAGAGACUUCUCUGGAGAAAAAUCAUAUGAACAUAAGGACUAUAGGGAAGCCUUCAGCCAGAUUGAACACUGUAGUGAAUUCUCAUAAUUUUAGGUUGCCUUGGCAUCUGUUUUAAAUAUACGUUGGACUUUGUCAUACCAGAAACAGCGUUCAGUCCCGCUUGACACAGUUGCUAGUCUACUCCCCUUUGCCCCCACUCCUCAGUGCGGUUGGUCCAGAUAUCUGCCUUAUACAACUGCUAACUGCUCCCUGGUUACCACUUUCCUGUGGGACAGCUAGAUGCAGCCUGCUUGACUGGCCACACUGACCCUCACACCCCACAGGGACUGUGCAGAUAUGCCAUCGUCCCCUCAACUCAUGCCUGUUUGCAUUAAGCCAACCAGUUAAAACUCCCUUUGGUUAGCCUGUUUGGAUAAUGCCCUAGAGCCAGGGCCAAUAAAGGUGUUAGCCCAUGUGUGCCUUUCUCUCCCUGCCUCCACUCCCUGAUCUCUGUGUGUGGCCUCCAGGUGUGCUGUGUACACCCCAGAACCUGUAAGUAAUAAAAUUUUUAUUUCUA